AUGACUCUCUUCAGUGCAGCUGAAAAGGGAGACCUGAGGAAAGUUCAAUAUCUUAUCUCACAAGGUACUUACGUCGGUGCCAGCGAUUAUGGAUGCAAUGCAACUCCCCUCCAUGUUGCCUGUGCACAGGGGCACGUAGAGGUUGUGCGAACUCUUCUCAUGAAUGGUGCGGAUUUUGAGUGUGAUUCCGAUAACUAUGAAUUUCCUAUGCACGCUGCCUGUGAGGGAGGGUCCCCAGAAAUUAUCAGACUCCUGCUUGACGCAGGUGCGGACGUCGACAUCAAGACUCUAGAUGGCAGAACACCUCUUGAGGAGGCUAUUUUUGCGGGACAUUUAGAGGCCACGCAAACCCUUAUCGACGCAAACGCGGACAUCCAUGUCAAAGGUGGCUUCUUUGGAACUGCGCUUAUUGCUGCCGUUCAUAGCCAAAACAUCCCGGUAGCGCGACAACUUCUCCGAAUGGGAGCAGACCCGAAUGCUGAGGCUGGCGAGUAUGGAAAUGCUCUCAUGGCUGCUAUGCAACCUGUAAAUAAGAAGUCAGGAGAAAUACAGUGUGAAAGACUGGAGAUGGUGUCCCUUCUUUUAAAGUAUGGUGCUGAACCCGAUAUGAUUACCACCGUCGUGGGAGACGUGUUGAGCGAGAGGGUUAUGGAGCCCCCUCUUUACUCUGCCAUUAUGUCAUCGACUUCGAGAACAGAGGGGAUUGAGAUGGUCAAGCUUCUCUUUGAAUAUGGCGCGGAUGCCAAUAUUCAAUGUGGUGAAUAUGGAACUGCUCUCGGCGCUGCCCUUUCUCUUGGAAACUCAUCCUUGACGGAGCUUCUUUUGGAUAACGGCGCGAAUGUCAAUGUCGGAGGCGGCGAACAUGACACUCCUCUCAUUGCUGCUGUUGGUAGCAGCAAUUUGCCGAUGGUAAAGCUUUUUGUUGACAGAGGCGCGCGUGUCAAUACCAUCGGCGGCGAAUACGGCACUGCUCUCCAUACUGCUGCUAGUAUGGGGAACGCUACCCUAGUGAAGUAUCUUGUUGAGAGUGGUGCGGAUGUCAAUAUCAUUGCCGGCAAAUAUGGAAGUGUCCUAAGUGCUGCCGCUUAUUCGGCGGAUCGCAAGUUGGACAUUUUGCUGGCUGCACGUGAGGAUGAGGCUAGGAAUAUUAGACGUGACGCGAAUCCACGUGCAUAUUACGAGGUUGAGUUACAGUCUUCGCCAAAGCCAAUUGAACCAUUGGAACCUGAAAUCAUCGAAGUACAGUUCAAGGAAUUGUUCCCGUCGAUCAAAGAGAUUUUUGAAUUUCUUCUUCUUCGAGGCGUGGAUCCCAACGCCCAAGGCAGCAAGUAUGGAAGUCCCCUUCACAUUGUCUCCGCCUAUCAUUUCCAAGAACAUGCUCUUGAUCUCUCAAAAUUUCUGAUUGAGUAUGGCGCAGAUAUCAACUUUGUGGGCGGCAAAUUUGACACUGCUCUUCACGCAGCCGCCUACAAAGGACAUGUUAACCUCUUCCAGUACCUUCUCGACUUGGGUGCGGAGAUCUGCAUUCAUGAUCGCGAGGGUAGAACUGCUCCUGAUCUUGCCACUCAAAACGUCUCAGAGAUCCUGAGGUGCGUUCUAGUGAAAAAGUGGAUUACUUGGGAAAGCUGA